AUGAGUACCAGUGGGAAGUCCAUGUCACAACAACAGAAAACUUCUGCAACAACAAUGAACAACGACCAUAAACAAUACACAUUCUCAUAUAUUUUAAGCCCCAAUGUAGAACUAUCCCCGAUGCAUAUAUUAGCAGUUACAAAAAUAUUAUAUUUUAACAAUGGAACGACUACCAACAAUAAUAACAAUAUUUUAACUGGAGGUAGAGAUGGUACCAUUAUUAAUCACAGAAGUAAUAAAGCAAUGCAUAUUCAUAGCGACUGGAUAAGUGACAUUAUCCAGGUUGAUCUCAACGACAGUCAUAGUCCCUCCCCAUAUUUGUUAUUUCUAACAACUUCACAUGAUUUUAGUAUUGGAUAUUUAAGAGUUAACAAGUAUGAUCCAGAAGAUUGGUAUUUUAAGAUUAUUGGCUAUCAUGCAGAUUACGUUAAAAAAAUAUUCGUUAUAAAAACCAACAAUAAGAAUCAACAGCAAGAGCAUGAUGGAAAUGUGGUGGUUUUUGGGACCAUUGGUCUAGAUGAAAAGUUAAAAAUAUGGAAAUAUACAGAUUGCAUGGAUAGUGCUAUCGGUAAUGAAAGCAAUAAUAAAAAGCACCGUUCACACAAGAGCACCGACGACAAUAUAAUGGCCGAAUUGUUAUGCACCUUUGAUAAUAGCACUGAUUCGGUUCUUUAUAGCAAGAGUAAUAUAUUGGCCAGCACUCUUUCCUUGAGCAACAAUAACAACAAUUUUAGUUCUUUGUAUGGGUGUUGCUAUUUUAAAGACUUUAAUAUAGUGGUUAUUGGAGACAGCAAUGGGAAAUUGAAAUUUCUAAGAAUAUUGCCGGCAGGGCUCAGUGACAAUGGCGAGAGUGAAGUUUUAUUACAACUAUUUUACCAACAUGAUAAUGAGAAACAGUGCAAUGUCAAGUUUAUUCACGAACUCCCUCAUCGAGAUAAUACUAAUGACUCUACAAAAAUGCUGGUUGUUUACAGCACAGGGUUAUUUGAGCUAUGGAAUGUAUCCAAUCAGAUAUCGUUAAUUAUGAGACUAGAAGCUUGGAAUUGGGAUUGCUCUAUUUGGUGCUGUACGGACGGUCUUGGUUAUUCUGAUACCGGCACAUCGGUUGUAAUUGGCGAUUCCGAGGGAAAGAUAUCUCUACUUAAUAUUUAUAAUAAUAACAUGUUAUCUACGGAACUGAUAUACCAGUCAAAAUAUAAUAGUAAAGACAAUGAUUCCAUAAUUAACCAUGAUCAUAAUCCAGGUAUACUAUCUCUAGCAGUAGAUAAUUCCAACAAUAAUCUAUGGUUUUCUCCUUCCAAUUCUUCUGAUUUAUAUUAUUUCAACUUGGGUAGUAAUAUCUCCGAUACUAUAUUUAAUGGUAGACAAAUAACACCACAAGUGAUAAGAGGUGGACAUGCGCUUUGCAAAUGUUCUUUAUUAAUGAAUAGACGCCAUGUUAUAACCGAAAAUACCAAGGGUGAAAUACAGAAGUGGGAUAUAAUUUCUUGUGAACUCUUGGAAGUUUUCCCACCAGGUUGCAAAUUCGAUGAAGUUGUUUCCAAUUGCAAUACCAAGGAAAUUUUGCCUCAUUGGUGCACUGUGUCUAUUAAAACGGGGAAAUUAUGUAUUAAACUAUCACCAAAGUUUCUAAGUUGUGAAGUUUAUGGGGGUGCGCUAAGUGGCUACGAUUUUAUUAAUGACAAAUCAAUAGCUUAUCAGUAUACAACAACAAAUCCCAAGAAAUUAAUAUCCCAACAUCAGCAUCAGCAAACGAAUCAACCUUUUAUAUUGGACAAAGAUUUACGCUAUAAUUUGGGGAAAAUAGUUUUAAACUCUCUACUCUAUCAAUUUGUGGAAUUUGAAUUUUUCAAAGACUUGAAAUUUAGAAAAGAACUAUUUAAUUACCAACAGCAAGUCCAAGUGCAACAACGUCAGGGUAAAAAGAAAAGCAGUAAUCAUAAUUCCAUGCCAAAUACACCUGUGACUGCUAACUCUUCAUUUAUAUCUUCAAAUAACGGCACUGAUGAUUAUUUUUCAAAUAAACCUACAGGGGCUAUUAUGGACAAUAAUUAUAAGAACACUUUUGAAAAAAAUGCUGAACCGUUAUCUACAGAAAAGAAAAAAAGACUAUCUAUUUUCACUAAAUUUACGUCUACUUCAAGCACCCCACAUUCAACGCCGAGUACACCAGUUUUUACAGAGGCUGGUGCUUCUAUUCAUACCAAUACAGCUAUGCCUACCAAGCCUACUAGUCAACCUUCUUUGAAUAGUACUGCUUCUUUUUCUAAUAAUAAUAAUAAUAAUAAUAAUAAUAAUAAUAACAGUAGUAGUGUCGUCAAUGGAAGUGCUAACAAAACAGUUAACUCACCUUCAUAUUUAACCCGUAGACUAAAAAAGCUUUCAAUGGCAGGCAGUAACUAUUCGACAGAUGAUUUCUCAAGUGAUUUGGAAAACUCCUUGCAGACACUCCCACCUCAAACAAGUGGGGGCUCAUCCUUCCUUCCUCAUAAUGAUUUGGUGAACUUUUCAUCCACUGACAUGCCUAAAAACAGCAUCCAUAGUGGUGAUGCUGCUACGGCAAAUACCGGUACCAAUAUUCGUAAAACUGAAUUUAUUAGUGAUUUCAUCAAGAAUAUUUAUGAUGAGUAUAAGAAAGCAUUUGAUAAUAAAAAUGGAACUUCUAGUGGCAGCGAUAGUAACAAUUCUUCCUCUGGGCUUUUUAAUUCCACCACCAGUAGUAAUACUAAUGGUAAUAGUUCUGGGAACAAUACUUCCAAUAGCGGCAGCAGUGGCAGCAAUAGCAACGGUUCAUCUUCCUUUAAUAAAUUUAAAUUAAGUUCAAAGAAACCAAUGCUGCUUGAAUCCAAGUUAUCUCAAGAUUAUUCAUCCCCAUUAAUAAAACUUAAAUCUGAUUGCUUGUUGAUUGUUAAUAAAAAAUUGGAAAGUGGCGAGAUUGUUUAUUUUUCUACGACACGAUCAAUACCGACUAAUAUAGAGAACACUACUGAUACUAAUACAAUUGCCACUAACAAUAACGAUAUCGUGAAUGCAAAAGUGUAUUACGAAAAUUUGGAGACACACUUGCCGUAUUGGAUGUCUACGACCCUAUUCAAAGACAAGACUGGGAAAUACGUCAAAGCAUAUCCUAAAUUAUCAUUUAUCAUUAAAGAGUAUAAUCCACCGGAUACGGCAUUUAACACGGCUGUUGUAAAGACUUCUAAUAAAAAGGAAGAGUCUAAAUCCAAAAUGCAUUAUUUUGGAUUUGGAGGUGGAAGCAGUAGCAGCAACGCUAAUGGCAACAACUCUGACAGUUCUAAUGUAUUUAGUGAUAGACAUGAUUCUAAAAACCAUAAGGGAUCCAAAUUACCUCUUAUUUCGGAUAACAAUUCCAAGUUGAAUGCUCCAACUAUGAUCAAAGUUAAGAAGAUUCUACUUUAUAUAGUAGAUAGAUUUAAUUCCAAAACCCCAGAAAUGAAACAAAAAAUACCAGCAGACGAGUGGUUAGAAUUGUUAUGUAAGGGACAAGUGUUGGAAAACGAGUUAACGUUAGGUUCAGUAAAGACAUUGUAUUGGAAGAAUUCGGGAGAUAUUGUUUUGGAAUAUAGAAGAAAGAACCGUAGAAAAGUGGGCAAGAAAUAA